AGCGUGACGUCAGUACGCGUUUGAGCCAGCCCGAAAAUGUUCUCCUGUGUUGUUGGAUUUCGGAGGAACGGAGGACUUUGCGAUGAAAUAAUACAUUUUUACCCGUGAAGAAGACGGACGCAAACCGCGGAUUUUUACAUCGUAGUUAGUUAUACUCCGCCUGAGUUGUGAGAUUGUGUCUUUCGGGGGAGCCCAGUGGGAAGUUUGUGUGAUCGUUUUUCCCGGAGUGAUGUCGAAUCCUGGGACUCGGAGAAACGGGUCCAGCAUCAAAAUCCGUCUGACAGUAUUAUGUGCCAAGAACCUCGCAAAGAAAGACUUCUUUCGCCUGCCGGACCCAUUUGCCAAGGUAGUGGUGGAUGGAUCAGGCCAAUGCCACUCCACAGACACAGUCAAGAGCACACUGGACCCCAAAUGGAAUCAGCACUACGACCUCUAUAUUGGGAAGACAGACUCCAUCACCAUCAGCGUAUGGAACCACAAGAAGAUCCAUAAACGUCAGGGAGCAGGUUUCCUGGGCUGCAUACGACUGCUCUCAAAUGCCAUCAGCAGGCUAAAGGACACGGGAUACCAGCGUCUAGAUUUAUGUAAGUUGAACCCGUCAGACAGCGACGCAGUGCGGGGGCAGAUUGUAGUGAGCUUACAGACGCGAGACCGCAUAGGCAGCGGAGGCCCCGUGGUGGACUGCCGAGGCCUGUUAGAAAAUGAAGGGCCUGUGUUUGAGGGGUGUUUCAGUGAAGAGCCACUGCCCUACUCAGACUCCACCGGCGCAGCGGGGGGCGGGAACUGUCGCCUUGACUCACCCAGUCAGGAGAGCCGUCUUCAGACGCAGCGAAUCAGAGGCCAGGACUCCAGAGGCCAUGGCCACACCCCUCAGAACAGACCGCACGGGCACCAGUCACCUGACCUGCCUGAGGGAUACGAGCAGCGAACUACAGUGCAGGGCCAGGUGUACUUCCUUCACACACAGACGGGGGUCAGCACCUGGCACGACCCUCGAAUACCUCGGGACCUGACCAGUGUGAGCUGUGAGGAGCUUGGGCCUUUGCCGGUGGGCUGGGAGGUUCGAAGCACUGUGUCAGGCCGGAUUUACUUUGUGGACCACAACAACCGAACCACGCAAUUCACAGACCCCCGCCUACACACCAUCAUCAGUCAGCACUCCCAGGCAAAGGAAUCCUCCCAGGCUCCCCAAAUGGAUGUAGGGGGUGAGGAGGGGGGAGGCGGCGGCGGGGGAGGGGGCGGAGGAGAGGGGGAUGUGGCGGUGCGCUAUGAGAGAGACCUGGUCCAUAAGCUGAAGCUGCUCCGCCAUGAGCUGUCCCUGCAGCAGCCUCAGGCGGGCCACUGUCGCAUAGAGGUGUCCCGGGAAGAGAUAUUUGAGGAGUCGUAUCGGCAGAUAAUGAAGAUGAGGCCCAAAGAUCUUAAAAAGCGUCUGAUGGUGAAGUUCAGGGGAGAGGAGGGCCUCGACUACGGUGGGGUGGCCAGGGAGUGGCUGUACCUGCUGUGUCAUGAAAUGUUGAACCCCUACUACGGGUUGUUCCAGUACUCCACAGACAAUAUCUACACACUACAGAUCAACCCAGACUCCUCCAUCAACCCCGACCACCUGUCGUAUUUCCACUUCGUUGGCCGUGUAAUGGGCCUGGCGGUUUUCCACGGCCACUACAUCAACGGGAGUUUCACGCUGCCCUUCUACAAACAGCUGCUGGGCAAACCCAUCCAGCUCAACGACCUGGAGACCACCGACCCCGAGCUGCACAAGAGCCUCGUCUGGAUAUUAGAGAACGACAUCACGUCGGUCCUUGACCACACAUUCUGCGUUGAGCACAAUGCCUUCGGGAAGUUCCUACAACAUGAACUCAAACCCAAUGGGCGUAACAUUCCCGUCACCGAAGAGAACAAAAAAGAAUACGUCAGACUCUAUGUGAACUGGAGGUUCAUGCGUGGCAUCGAGGCCCAGUUCCUGGCUCUACAGAAGGGGUUCAGUGAGCUCAUCCCCCAGCACCUCCUCAAACCCUUCGACCACAAAGAACUUGAGUUGAUCAUCGGUGGGCUGGGGAAGAUCGACCUCGCAGACUGGAAGGCCAACACGCGCCUGAAGCACUGUACGUGUGACAGCAAUGUGGUGCGGUGGUUCUGGCAGGCGGUGGAGGCCUUCAGCGAGGAGAGGCGAGGACGCCUGCUGCAGUUUGUCACCGGCUCCACCAGGGUGCCCUUACAGGGGUUCAAAGCUCUGCAGGGCUCUACAGGUUCUGCAGGACCAAGGCUCUUCACCAUCCAUUUGAUAGAUGCCAACACAGACAACCUGCCCAAGGCACACACAUGUUUUAACAGGAUAGACAUCCCUCCCUACGAGUCGUACGAGAAGCUUUAUGAGAAACUGCUGACGGCGGUGGAGGAGACCUGCGGCUUCGCUGUGGAGUGAAUGAAUGGAUCCACAGACAAACAGACAAACAAACAAAUAUGCACAGAAACAGACACACUCAUGCUUACACUUGCACCCAACUAUGUGACAUUUUACGCAUACACAUAUACACCGAAUAUGAAGUAUACACAGAGUAUACGGAGGCCAAGCAUCACAAGAACACACCUACAUACACUCUUGCCACCUCGUCACCACCGGACUGUUGGUGGAUAAAGGAGGACGCCCAGCAGGAGGGGGGAAAACUACAAAAAAAAAAAAAAAAAGUAUUUUAGAAUUUUUCAGAUGUUUUGAAGAAGCAUUUUUACCCUUCGGUUUUG